UAUUUCGUCGUCGUCUUGAAAUCGACGUUUAUAACAUUUCAUUUUUUAUCUUUAUAUUAAAAUAUAGAAUUAAAUGUCAAGAAGUGGAUGAAUUAAAUCUAAAAUUUAAUAUAUUAAUUUUCUUUACAUUUUUUUUAUGCGUAAAAUUGAGAAUAUUGUCUAUAUCCACGUGGAACUGUGAAGAAAUAAUUUAAAUAAUAGGAAAUGCCAAAGAUUUUUUAUCACCACAAUGUCUUUUGAAAUAGAUCAACAGUGGAAUGAAUCAUUCCCAAAAAUUACAAAACCAGAAGUUGUUGGUUAUUACAGUUUAAAUGGUAAACGUGAAUAUUUACCAGAUCUAUCACAAUUGAAAUAUUUAUAUCUACCCCGUGGUAAUCGUAUUAAUUUCAAUCUUAACGAUGGAAUGGAAAAAGUAAUACGCAAACAGGAAUCGGCUUCAAAUGAAAAUAUAAAUAAUCUUCUAAAGUGGAUUCUUGUGAGUCACAGUAAAAUUCAAGCACCACUUGAUUCUGGACGAUGGUUAAAACCAGAGUUUGUUGCAUAUCGAGGACUUUUGAGUGCUUUGUGGAGAACACCAUUUGAAGAGUGUGAUGGAUGGAUCAUAUGUGCGGCAAAAUUUGAGGGAACAAUAUAUUUAUGUGCUUUUGACACAGACGAGGCGAAAAAAAGAAAAGCUAAUGAAACACCAAGAGAGAAAAUGAUGUGCUCUUGGGGUUAUAAAUUUGAGCAAUUUACUUUAACAGAUUUACCGGAUAAGAAACCAUUAACAUCCGAACCUGUUAAUGAAAAUGAGGAAUUUUGCAGUAUGUUCACUUGUGAAUUUGGUGGCAAAUAUCUUCUGUACGGAGCAGAAAUGGAUGGAAUUGAGGCAUGGGUACCAGUGAAAGAACCCGUUGCCUGGAAAAAUGUUAAUUUCGUUGAAUUGAAAACUAACAGAAUUAUUGAAACCGGACGUCAGGACGUUAUUUUUCGGAAAAAACUUUUAAAAUGGUGGUGCCAAUCGUUUUUAGUUGGCAUUGAAAACAUUGUUUGUGGCUUUAGGACAAAUAAUGGAAAUGUUAUAGACUUGAAAAAAUACAAGGUUUCCGAUUUAAUUAAAAUGGCAAAGAAUUAUUGGGAACCGUCGCCUUGUAUGAAUUUCGGUGAUGCUUUCUUGAAUCACGUGAAGAAAGUGGUUACGAAGGAUUAUGACAAAUGUAUUUAUAAAUUUUCAUGGAAUCCGGGGAACAAUGAAGUGGAAUUGACUGUUCUUAAUAGUCAACAUUCGUCGAGUUACGUCUCUCAGUAUACAUUUCUACCACAAUGGUUCAUAGAUAAAGCAAAUGAAUCAAUGCGAAAUUAAUCGCAUUAUCGUGAAGACGAAUCGUAUCCUUUUUUUAUAUAUUUAAUCUAU